UUUUUCCUUCUUCCUGAGGAGGCACACACACACACACACACACACACACACACACACACACACACUGAAGACAGACACACAAUAAGAUUCACCUUCACAAGAAAAACAACCACGUCCACUGAAAGGACAGCGGCAGGAGGACGAACCGGGAAGACAGGUUUACUGUAAUUUCUGGAAUACCUGUACUUCAGCAAGCUGCAGACUGAGCCACGACUCAAAGUGAAAGUAACUGUCGAGGAUCUUUCUCGACUGACAGGCCUCGCUCUCUUGUUCGCCGUGUGUUGUUCAGUGUCACUCAGGAGACAGAAUGUCUUCCAGAUCGGACGAGGAUUUCUCUUGUCCCGUCUGCCACGACGUCUUCAGAGAUCCUGUCGUCCUGUCGUGCAGCCACAGCUUCUGUAAAGCCUGUCUGCAGCAGUGGUGGAGCGAGAAACGAGAACGUCUGUGCCCUUGCUGUAAGAGAAGAUCGUCAAAGAGCGACCCGCCUCGUAACUUGGCAUUAAAGAACCUGUGCGAGGCCCGGUCACAGGAGGGGGACCGGAGAGGCUCGGCGGGGUCCGAGGAUCUCUGCAGCCUGCACGCCGAGAAACUCAGACUCUUCUGUCUGGACCACAAGGAGACGGUGUGUCUCGUCUGCAGAGACUCGAAGAGACACAAGGACCACAGGUUCAGACCCGUCGAUGAGGCUGCACAGGACCAAAGAGAGGAGCUCCAGAAAGUCCUGAGGCCCUUACGAGACAAGAGGAGUCUCUUUGAACAAGUUAAGGAAGACUGCGAUCAAACAGCCAAACACAUUAAGGUCCAGGCUGGACAGACAGAGAGGCAGAUGAAGGAGCAGUUUGAGAAGCUUCACCGGUUCCUGCGUGAAGAGGAGGAGGCCAGGCUCGGUGCUCUGAGGGAGGAAGAGGAGCUGAAGAGUCGGACGAUGAAGGAGAAGACGGAGGCUCUGGGCAGAGAGAUCGCAGCUCUGUCUCACGCCGUCAGAGCCGCAGAGGAGGAGAUGAGAGCCGAGGACGUCUCCUUCCUUCUGAACUACCCGGCUGCAGAGGAGAGGCUCCGGCAGCGCCCGCUGCCCGACGACCCGCAGCCGCUCUCGGGAGCUCUGAUCGACGUGGCCAAACACCUGGGCAACCUGACCUACAACAUCUGGAACAAGAUGAAGGAGGUGGUCUCCUACGCCCCGGUGAUCCUGGACCCGAACACCGCAGACCCCGAGCUCGUCGUGUCUGGAGAUCUGUCCCGCGUGAGGUCUGCGGAGCGUCAACAGCUUCCGAAGAACCCGGAGAGGAACAAGUUCUCCUGCUCCGUCCUGGGCUCUCAGGGAUUUAGCUCGGGGACUCACAGUUGGGACGUCGACACUGGCGACAACGAGGACUGGGAGGUGGGCGUGUUGGGAGAGCACAUCCGGACGGACGCCCGCCCGCCGUCCGGUUUGUGGAGAAUUUUGUUCUCCGAAGGGAAACUGACGGCGUUCUCCACGUCGGGGUCCGAGCAGGACCUCUCACCGAGAAAGAAGCCGCGGAGGAUCCGAGUUCAUCUGGACUUUGACGGAGGAAAGCUGACGUUCCACGACCUCGACGCCGACACACUCGUGCACACCUUCAAACACACGUUCACCGACACCCUGUUUCCGUACAUGUACACAGAGAGUCGCCUCUGGCUGAGGAUUCUGCCAGUGAAGGUCGGUGUGAAGGUGAGGAGGAACCCUUAGAGAUUAUCACGACAGGGUUGAAUUUAUCAACUGUGAAGGUUUUGGGGUUUACAUUUACCCAGAUACCUUUUUUAAAAAUUAUUAUUAUCCUUGGGUUGUGUAAGAAAAGUGUGGGCAAAGAUGGAUUUAUAGAACUGAUGCAUUCAUGUGAUGAAGUUCUCUGAUUAUAAACCCAUGUCUGUUCGUUAAUAAUCACAUAUUCAGUGCUCAUCAGAGAUGGUGUUUGAGAGAAGAACCACCACACUGUAACACCACCGUACAACCAUGAGGAAACAGUUUCAAACGUUGAUGACUGUUGAUCCUGAAUGGAACCCAUCCCUAGUGAUGACUGUGACGAAGCUGUGACAAUGUGAUACAGAUAAUGUGACAAUGUACCUUUAAUUUCUUUGCGUGUGAUAUAAAAUUCUCUUGAAACAGGGUGUGGGGGCGGUUCGCUUUGGGGGAAAAACACCCGGAUGUGUCAGUGGAAUAUUGGGUAAUGAGGAAAAGGAGAUUCUAUUUUGGUAGGAUGGGCAGAAAGGUAGUAUGACUUAAAAAGUGUGUGUCUACGCUGUGUUCACUGUAUGAACGGAAUGAAAUGUGCAAAUGAUUUUGUGUGGCAAAACCCAAUCUACAACUCGUGUGCUGUGAUUUUUCUUUUGGGGAUUAUUCUAAAUUGUGGUACCAAUAAAAAUCACAUUAAAAGAACAACUUA